AUGGCUGCAAGUGUACCUCGACCGGGCCCCGCGAACCUGGGGCCCAAUGCUGGCCUUGAUGAGUGGCUGGAGGAGGCGAAGCAGUGCCACUACCUGCCUGAGAGGGCCAUGAAGGAAUUGUGCGAGAAGGUCAAGGAGAUUUUGAUGGAAGAGUCCAACAUCCAGCCGGUCUGCACCCCUGUCACCGUGUGCGGCGACAUCCACGGCCAGUUCUACGAUCUCCUCGAGCUCUUCCGUGUUUCUGGCGGUAUGCCAGGCGAGUCCAACGUGCAGGCGCCAAAGACCGCGACCACAGUCAUCACCUCGGACGACAUCGAGCCGCCUACCGAGAUCACAAACCCUAAGCUGAGGAAGAAGAUAAAGGCUUCAGGCGAUGGGGCGGCGACGAGCGGAGCUGAAGGGGAGGAGGGCGAGGGAGACGACGCCGAAGAGGACCCCGAUGCGACGGUGGCAGACCGCUUAGACUCUGGAGUUGCCGUUACUGCGUCGUCAAGUCAGAGCGCCGAUACCCGAUAUAUCUUCCUGGGAGAUUUUGUGGAUCGAGGAUACUUCAGUUUGGAAACCUUCACAUUACUAAUGUGCUUGAAGGCCAAGUAUCCAGACAGAAUAGUCCUGGUCCGCGGUAACCACGAAUCGCGGCAGAUUACCCAGGUCUACGGAUUUUACGAGGAGUGCCAGCAAAAGUACGGCAACGCCUCAGUCUGGAAGGCCUGCUGCCAUGUGUUUGACUUUCUUGUCCUCGCCGCCAUUAUCGAUGGCGAGAUUCUUUGCGUCCACGGAGGGCUGAGCCCCGAGAUUAGGACUAUUGAUCAGAUCCGAGUGGUUGCUCGAGCCCAGGAGAUCCCCCAUGAGGGUGCGUUCUGUGACCUUGUGUGGUCAGAUCCCGAAGAUGUCGAAACAUGGGCCAUUAGCCCUCGUGGUGCUGGUUGGCUGUUUGGAGACAAGGUAGCGACGGAGUUUAAUCAUGUCAACGGUUUGAAGUUGAUUGCUCGAGCCCAUCAGCUCGUCAACGAGGGAUACAAGUAUCACUUUCCAGAGAACUCGGUGGUGACUGUGUGGUCAGCACCCAACUACUGUUACCGCUGCGGCAACGUUGCAUCUAUCAUGGCCGUGGACAAGGAUCUAAACCCGAAAUUUAGCAUCUUCUCGGCUGUUCCUGAUGACCAGAGGCACGUCCCGGCGAACAGGAGGGGCCCUGGUGAUUACUUCCUGUGA